AUCACUAUAUUGCAAGGUGGUCCGCUUCUAGCAUAGCCCGUGUUUAAUUGCACCUGCCGAGGCGGUGAGAGAGCUCAUUAUUUGGCAGAGAGCGGCAGGAGGCGGAGGAGCACAGUGACAGUGUAGCGUGUAGUCUGAGAUUCAGCACCACAAGACCGAGGAGAGCGUCCGAAUCCGGAUUAUCACUCUUUAACUGGGACUCGCCUGGAGAAGAAGACGUCAUUUUUGUUGGAAUUUAGAAAGACACCGGGCGCCGUUGCAGUUUAGGAGUCAUCUGAAAGAGACCAUGAUGAGUGCCACUUCUCCCAUCCUGUUAAAAUGGGACCCAAAGAGUCUUGAAAUCCGCACACUGACUGUGGAAAGGCUGCUGGAGCCACUCGUUACACAGGUGACCACACUGGUGAAUACCAGCAAUAAAGGGCCAUCCAGUAAGAAAAAGGGGCGCUCUAAGAAGGCCCAUGUUUUGGCAGUGUCUGUGGAACAGGCUACUCAGAACUUUUUGGAGAAGGGGGAGCAGAUAGCCAAAGACAGCCAGGAUCUCAAGGAGGAGCUUAUUGCUGCUGUGGAGGAUGUUCGCAAACAAGGGGAGACGAUGCGCAUUGCCUCAUCUGAGUUUGCUGAUGACCCGUGUUCCUCUGUGAAGCGUGGCACUAUGGUGAGAGCUGCCCGUGCACUGCUCUCCGCUGUCACCCGCCUGCUCAUUCUUGCUGACAUGGCUGAUGUCAUGAGGUUGCUGGCACAUCUUAAAAUUGUGGAGGAGGCUCUGGAAGGAGUAAAGAAUGCAACCAAUGAACAGGACCUGGCCAACCGCUUUAAGGAGUUUGGGAAGGAGAUGGUGAAGCUCAACUAUGUGGCAGCCCGGAGACAGCAGGAACUGAAAGACCCACAGUGUCGAGAUGAGAUGGCGGCUGCACGUGGGGCCCUCAAGAAAAAUGCCACCAUGCUGUACACGGCAUCACAGGCCUUCCUGCGCCACCCAGAUGUAGCGGCCACACGUGCCAACCGAGACUAUGUGUUCAAACAGGUGCAGGAGGCUAUCGGGGGCAUUUCCAGUGCUGCUCAAGCCACCUCGCCAACUGACGAGAAACACAGCCACCCUGGCAUUGGAGAACUAGCUGCUGCUCUCAAUGAAUUUGAUAACAAGAUCAUUCUGGACCCUUUGACAUUCAGUGAGGCCCGAUUCCGUCCAUCUCUGGAGGAACGUUUGGAGAGCAUCAUCAGUGGUGCGGCGCUAAUGGCUGACUCUUCAUGUACACGUGAUGACCGUCGUGAACGCAUCGUGGCUGAGUGCAACGCCGUUCGACAAGCCCUGCAGGACUUGCUGAGCGAGUACAUGAAUAAUACUGGCAGAAAAGAGAAGGGUGACCCUCUGAACUCUGCCAUUGAUAAGAUGACCAAGAAGACCAGGGAUCUGCGCCGACAGUUGAGGAAGGCAGUGAUGGACCACAUCUCAGAUUCCUUCCUGGAGACCAAUGUCCCUCUGUUGGUGCUCAUUGAAGCAGCCAAGAGUGGGAAUGAGAAGGAGGUCAAGGAAUAUGCGCAGGUGUUCCGUGAGCAUGCCAACAAACUGGUGGAGGUUGCCAACCUGGCUUGCUCCAUCUCCAACAAUGAAGAGGGGGUGAAGUUGGUUCGAAUGGCUGCCACCCAAAUUGACAGCCUAUGUCCACAGGUUAUCAAUGCUGCUCUCACUCUGGCUGCCCGCCCCCAAAGCAAGGUGGCUCAUGACAACAUGGAUGUUUUCAAAGACCAGUGGGAGAAGCAAGUGCGCAUCCUGACUGAGGCCGUGGAUGAUAUCACCUCUGUGGAUGACUUCCUUUCUGUGUCAGAAAACCAUAUCCUUGAGGAUGUCAACAAGUGUGUAAUUGCUCUGCAAGAGGGAGAUGUGGAUACUCUUGACCGAACUGCAGGAGCAAUCCGUGGCCGAGCUGCUCGUGUGGUCCACAUCAUUAACGCUGAGAUGGAAAACUAUGAACCUGGAGUCUACACUGAGCGUGUGCUGGAGUCCAUCAAGCUCCUGUCUGAGACUGUCAUGCCCCGUUUUGCUGAACAAGUGGAGGUAGCCAUUGAGGCACUGAGUACAAACCCCCCACAGCCGUUUGAAGAAAAUGAGUUCAUUGAUGCAUCACGUUUGGUAUAUGAUGGUGUCCGUGACAUCAGGAAAGCUGUCCUCAUGAUCAGGACACCAGAAGAGCUGGAGGAUGACUCUGACUUUGAGCAGGAGGACUACGAUACUCGCAGCAGGACUAGUGUCCAGACUGAAGAUGACCAACUUAUUGCUGGACAAAGUGCACGGGCCAUCAUGGCACAGCUUCCUCAGGAGGAGAAAGCAAAGAUUGCCGAGCAGGUGGAGAGCUUCCGACAGGAGAAGUGUAAGCUAGAUGCAGAGGUGGCUAAAUGGGAUGACAACGGAAAUGACAUUAUUGUGCUGGCCAAGCAGAUGUGCAUGAUCAUGAUGGAGAUGACGGACUUCACCAGGGGGAAAGGCCCCCUUAAGAACUCCUCGGAUGUGAUCAAUGCAGCUAAGAAGAUUGCAGAGGCUGGUUCCAGGAUGGAUAAAUUGGCCCGUGCUGUUGCAGAUCAGUGCCCUGAUUCGGCAUGCAAGCAGGAUCUGCUGGCCUACUUGCAGAGAAUUGCCCUGUACUGCCAUCAGCUCAACAUCUGCAGCAAAGUGAAAGCUGAGGUUCAGAAUCUGGGUGGUGAGCUCAUUGUGUCUGGGCUGGAUAGCGCCACCUCCCUCAUCCAGGCAGCCAAGAACCUCAUGAAUGCCGUGGUACUGACUGUAAAGGCAUCUUAUGUAGCCUCCACCAAGUACCAGAAGGUCUAUGGUACAGCGGCUGUCAACUCUCCAGUGGUGUCUUGGCGCAUGAAAGCACCUGAGAAGAAGCCACUGGUAAAAAGGGAGAAGCCUGAGGAGUGCCAGACACGUGUCCGACGAGGCUCCCAAAAGAAACACAUCUCUCCCGUCCAGGCCCUCAGCGAAUUCAAGGCCAUGGACUCCUUCUAAGUUAAAAACAACUACGUAUGACAAUGCGUCAAAACAAAAGUUGAAAAAAAAAUUCCCUUUUUAUGUUGUGUUAUCCCACCUCUCUCUGCCCUGCGUGUGCUUGGUGAUACCUCAGGAGGACGAUGUACGUGUUAAACAGUCACAUUGCGGCUCUGUGAAACCAUCACAGCCCACAGAGGCAACUCUAUUUAUCUUAUUGUUGAUCCGUAAACAAGAGACUAAAUGUGACAAACAGAAAAUUGAAAAAGUGGAAGUAAAAAAAAAAAAAAAAACAGUGAUAGAAGAGUGGCAUUUGAAAAUGUGUGGCAGUUGAUAUUUUAGCUAUAUCAUUAAUGUGCUAAUUGGCUGCUUGUGCAAAUUGUCCCAAUGAAAAUUUUGAAUAUUUCAGGGGCGGAGUUACCCCAAAGGGCAUCAUUGCUGGUGUGCGCCCUCUUAUUAUUUUUUUUCUCAGUUUGUUGACCUCUAGUAGUAGGAAUAACUUAUAUUAAAAAACAAAACAAAACAAAACAAACAAAAAAAGAACAAAAGUGUCAACCUAGAAGUAGUUUCCUUGUUCCUGAAGAUCAUAAUGAUAAUCCAUAUGGUGUUUUAUUUUUUUUUUUUCUUUCCAAAGCACACUUAUGGUCUAUUGUAUCGCCUUUUCCAAGUCCAUUUAUUUAAUGAUUACAUCACUAACAAUGAUGAUCUUGAUUGGGCAUUGUGUAGCAUAUAACUGUAGACACAGAGAGGUUUGACUAGUUGUGGUUUGCUCAGAGAAUAGAAUUCCUGCAUUCAGUACCUUUAUAUUCACCCUUCUCAAAUAAAUCCCUCACCUUGA